CUCCUCAGAGAAACAUCUCUCCAUCUGAAAGAAUGGCUCCGACUUGCAUGACCGACUACUCUAAACUUUCCAACAAGGAAAAGCAUAAAUUGAGAAAACCCGUAGUGGAAAAGAUGCGUCGGGAUCGCAUCAACAACUGCAUUGAGCAGCUCAAAUCCAUGCUGGAGAAGGAGUUCCACCAGCAGGAUCCCAACACUAAGCUGGAGAAAGCCGACAUCCUGGAGAUGACGGUGGUUUUUCUCAAACAGCAGCUGCAGCCCAAGACCUCAGCUCCACAGAAAGCCCACUUUGACGGCUAUUCCCAGUGCUGGAGGGAGACCAUGAGCUUCUUAUCUGGAAACGCCAAGGUGGACGCUGUGCGUCAGCAUCUGAACCGCUGCCAGGAAGCCCAGAGAUCAUCUCAAGACCUCGCUCACAUGUCUCCAGCUUCCCAUCAGCUUCCCAUCAAGGUGAAGCAGGAACCGUCGUGUGCUCACAAACCUCUCUGGAGACCCUGGUAGAGGAUAACGGACUUUGACAGAAAAACCAGAUGGUGGUUUUACCGUCUCUUAUGCUGUAGGAGAUACUUCCUUAUUUGAAUUUCUUUUGAAAGAAUGCUCUUAUGGUUUCACAAUGUGAAAGAAUAAUCUUCUACAGGUGGUUUAUUGUAACACACCUCUAUAGUUUUCCUUAUGGAUGGACAGUCAUUUGUAUAAGUAAUCUUCGCAAUGAAGAGUCAAUGGACGUCUGUUUAACUCCUGUGGAGUCAAAGUUAUUAUUUACAAUGUGAAUUUUUGCUAAUGUCUAAUAUAUAAUGACGUAUGUUAAUUGUGCAAACAUACUGUCAAUUACAAAUAAACUCUAUUCAUAUAUAAUCAA